GCAAAUUAAUUGCAAACAGCAACAUGAUAAAAUUCGUAGUUCUUACAAUUUUGUCGUUAUUCAUAAUACAUUGCCAGGGUAGCGUCAAAGAUGAAAUAGUACAAAAACUCCGUAAAGCCUGUAUGGCAGAAACAGGGAUAGAUCUUGAUACAAUAUUAAAACAGAGGGAUAGUCCAGAACUAAAAUGUUACGAUAAAUGCAUCUUGGUGAAUGCCCGCCUAUUAAAUCCCGAUACUGGAAAAUUUGAUAUGAAACCAUUUAUUGAUUCGUUUCCAGCAGAAGUAACUGAAUCCUGGGUUAAAAUUUUUACGGACUGUAAAGUAACUGACUUUACCAGUAGUGAUUAUUGCGAGGAAGCAUUUAAAUAUCAGAUGGAUUGUUUUUCUAAACAACCUGGUUUUUAUGUUGUCUAAAAAACAAUUGUAUAGAACUUAUAUACAAUAAACAUACAAAAUAGUUUAAUAUAAUAAAUAUUAUAAAGCAAU